GCAUCUCUUUUUGUUUUGUGAUUAGAUCUGCUGCGGCCGGUGAGACCUCCCCUUUUCUCUUCACUUGUUAUCUUUUCUCACUCUUCACUGCACGCCGCCUUCUUCCGCCGCCGCUCUUCAUUUCCAACAUUCUGACCUCAUUUCGCUUCUCAUUCUGACUCUGAUUCACCCUACCUCCAUCCUAUACCUCAGAUCUUCUCUUCUACCUCCUAACAAUGGUGGAUUCAACUGGAAAAGGAUCGGACUCCUCCGGCGGCGGUGGUAAGAGUCCAACCACCGAGCUGAAGAAGACGUGCGCCGACUGCGGCACAUCCAAGACUCCUCUAUGGAGAGGUGGUCCCGCUGGCCCUAAGUCUCUAUGCAACGCGUGCGGGAUCAGGAGCCGGAAGAAGAAGAGAGCCAUUCUCGGAAUCACGAGAGGAACCGCCGACGAUGUUAAGAAGGGGAAAAGGAGCAACACCGCCGCCAAUAAUAGCUUGAAUUUCAAGCAGCGGUUUAUGGCAUUGGCGAGGCAAGUCAUGACGAAGAAAUCGAAUAAUCUCGCGCACAGCCACAGGAACAAGUUGGGAGAGGAGGAACAAGCAGCUGUUCUUUUAAUGUCCCUCUCUUACGGAUCCGUUUAUGCUUAAAUCCCCUUAUCAAUUCUAGAAUUUAUUAAUUAAUUACUAAGAGUUUAUUGGAGUUAGAUUAGUUAGACUUAGAUUAGAUUAGAUUAGAUUUUGUUCUACCAUGUACCUGUACUACCGCUUCCCCCCCUAACCCUUUUCUAAGUGUAUAUGUAAUUUGUUUCCUUAUGAUGAGUGUGUGAUCAUGAAUGAAUGUAACGAAAUCAUCAUUCAAGUCCAA